GGCUACUUCUCUCAAGUGACCCAUGUCCUGGUCCCAUGUGCUGCGACCCCUUUGCCACGAGUUGCAGCGGGCCUGGAACAAGCAGCCGCUGCUGUUGGAGCGGUGCAACCGAGAGGCGGCACACUUGGCUGAAGAAGCCUUGAAGGACUUUUCGCUCUUCGUGGACUCAGGGCUGCUGCCUGCCGGUAGCGCUGCGCCCACUUCCAGUGCCACGGCAUCCUGGUGGUCACAGCCAGUACCAGGCCGGACGAGGGAUGUGAGCAACACGGUCUAUGCCAACAACGCAGGGCUCUAUUUGCCGGGCCUCGCUGAGCUUUGCUUGAGCGCCUUGGCCACCUUCCAGUGGCCCUGCGCAGCCAAUGUGUAUCGCACCGCUCGGGCGAUAGAGGUGUCGGUGCCCUGCCACACGGACCGGCAAGAUGUCUUGGUCUUCCAAGCCACAGGAGAGAAGAGGUGGCAAAUCUAUCAUCCACCACAGAUCGGCGACGUGGACCCUCUUCGCCGUGGAAAGGAUGGAGACGUGAUGGAAGACCUUGGCAAGCCCUUGCUGGAUGUGGUGCUGGAACCUGGAGACGUCCUCUACGUGCCCUUGGGCUAUGGACACAGCACCUCCACCGCCCAGUUGUCCGGGCCUUCCUUGCACAUCACCUUGAAUUUGGACUCGGUGAUUUGGGGCCUGUCCUACAGGCUUCUUUGGUCUGCGAGCCUCCGCUGUGCGCGGCUGCGGCGGGGAGAGAACGACGAGGCAGAAGAAGCUACCAAGACCAAAGGGAUGUCUUGGCAGCGCUACAGUUCCUUGCAAGCGCCGCUUCCUUUGGGUCUCGGGCAGGAAGACGAGCCCGAUGAGAUUGUGGCGCAGUUGUUGGAACGAGCAGAGCUUUGGUGCGGGCAGGCACCAAGCGUGGAGGGAGUCCUGCCAGAAGAUGUUCACCAGGCACUGCAGCUGAUCCAAGAACAUCGCCAGAAGCUGCUGACGCUGCAAAAGGUGAUGUACGCUGAGGUGAUGCUGGGUUUGGGAGAGCAUCCGCAGCAGCGUGAGGCUGCGCACUGGUCCGCGUUACAAGCGCAGAUGCAAACGCUCUUCACCAGUUUGGGCUGGACAUAAGAAAAAUAUGAAAAAAGAGGGGUCUGCAGUUUGGCAGUUCGGGAGGGGUCAUUGGCCCGUUGGGCUUUGAUGUGCUUGGAUGCCGGUACGGUAAGUUAAUAGAGAGGAUACCUGGCACCGACUCCUCUAUUUUCCCCAAAGGAUCUCGUUGAUUGACACAUCACUUUGGGGCGGCCUAUGGAUCCACCUUUUCCACGAAGCUACGCCCCCGACUCUGGCAGGGAUUUGAAUCACCAUACCUCAGAGGGUAUGUGGAUCGCAGUUUAAAAGAACACACAUAUGAGAUGACAUGAGAUCAAGCCUGCAAGUCACUAAAGAGUAUGCCUGGCUCCAGAAUUCUUCAGCUCAGCAGUGCAGCUCGUGCGGUGCAUGCGUCUGUUCCUCGUCGGGAGCCUGGGCAACGUUCGUGGGGUCGUCAUGGUGCGGAGCCUGUCCCACUGCACCAUCCAUGGUCUUGGAGCGAAGUCUUUUUUGGGGUCAGGUGACCCUCCCAGAAGCUCUUGGCUGAGAUGGUCUGGAAAGAUCGUCGCCCCUCCAAAAGCCUCACGUGGGAAGAUGGGCCGCUCGACCUUGACUCGAUGACAGCAUCACACGCUGCAGGCGUGGCUUGCCCUUCAGCUCCACGAUGGAGGACGUGUUGGAGUUCUUCCGCGCUGCAGG